GAUUUCUAAAACUUCAAAAUGGAAUCGAUGUAUCAUCUUCAUGUUAAAGACUCUAAAGCCGUCGGUGACAAUCAGAGACGGAACAAGUCAAGUAUAGCCUACAGUAAAUAAGCUCAAAACUUCUCGUGUUAGGAGGUCUCUGAACAGGUACGCUCAGGCCAAAUCUAUCCAUGAGGCUAAAGAAAGGAAGAACAGUAUGCAGAGUGAUGAUAUUAAGCCUGAUGAGUCUUCUGAAGUUCAUAAAUCCAGCCAUCCAAAUAUCGCCAAGGUGAACGUGCCUCAUUUCCAACAUGUAGCACCUGUUCUUAAUGUAUACCUUGGCGAUGGCUUCAAAGCCCCUCUUGGAGCUCUUGAAAAGAGCUCUGAAGCUCUUUCAAAAGAGUCAGAGGAGAAGAUUCAAAAAGAGAUGAAUAACAUGAUUUCAAAAGUUGGUGACAGUGAGGCUAUUUCCAAGUUCAAAACCUAUUACUCCCAAUAUGUCAAUAAGGAGGGAAAAGUGAUCAGCAUAAAGCUUGAGAAAAAGGCUUGUUUUCUUCAUGAAGCUGCUCAAUACGGAAAUCUAGAGAUUGCAAAAUUUUUGAUAGAGAAAAACCACGACCCAAAUCUUGUUUCCAAAUCUUUAUGGACUCCUCUUCAACUGUGUUGAGAUAAUGGUUAUGUCGAGUUCGUAGAAUAUUUAUUAGGAUUGAAAAAUAUUGACAUCGAUAUUGUAGCCAAUUACGAGAGAGGGUCGGCCACUGACAUCACCUGGAAGAAAAUUCCCUCAAAGACUAUUAUUACUAUAAAACACGGGCAAGAAAUUAGCAAAAUAAAUGAACCAUACCUGAACUGUCUAAAGUUGUUAUAUAAGUUCAAAAAGGUGCCAUUAAGUUCUGAAUUAUUCAGAAAGUUCCACUUUCAUGCUAAAUCCUCUAGUAUGAGUCAACAGUGAACACCUUAUAAAUGAAAGUCUAAGGUACCUGAUCCGCCAGCCAAGUCCUUGAGAAAACUCUCGUCUUUCAAAUAAGCCAACAUUGAAGAGUUCUGAUUGAUUUAAGAAGGUCAACCUUCAGAUUAUUAAAGCUAAAUGUAGACAAGUCUUAAACUAUAUGGGCAUGAAAGAAGUUCCUGAAGACUUCUUCGAUAUUAUAUUCAGCCAGAAAAAUCCUUGGAGCAUCCAAAAAGAGAAUGAUUCUCCUAGAUUUGUGGAAUAUUGAGGGAUCGUUGGAAGAUCACAGAGCAUGGGCUUCAAAAUCAGCCAUAGAUGGUUAAGAUUAAACCCUGUUGAAGGAUCCUUAAUAGAGUACAAGUCCAAAGCUGAUUGCCCUAAUAAGCCAUAUCGAGUCAUCCCGCUAAAUUCUAUCAUGAAUCUCUCCAUUUGCCCACAAAAAUGGACAAUGAAGAAAUCUUUGUCUUACUGGGAGAUUAACCACAAGUUUAUUUUCAUCAGCAAAACAGCUAACGAGAGAAAGAAGUGGAUGGAUAAAAUUAAUGAAGCUCAUGCUAUUAAAGAAGCCCUCGACUUUUUGAAAAACAUCAGAGAUUGCAAAACCAAUUUUCCCACAGAUUUAAAACUCACUGAAGUUGACAAAAUCUUUAUUGAGAAAUAUUGCCACCAAGUUCUGGGUAAAUAAAUUGAAGCUUAAGGAGAUCCCUGAAAAAGAAAAGAAGAUAAUGAAAUCUCCGAUGGUGAAGAGACCUCGACAGGAUGCUUCUCCAUGAGGGAUAAGCAAUAUUAGUCUUUCCCAAGUUACUCUCAGUCCAAAUUAUCCGAUGAAAUCUCCAAUUAGCUCCAAAGCCCCUUCUAUGGGGCUGGUUGCGAAGAAAAUGCUUCAAUCAACUGCCAAGAAUAAUUCAACUCAGAUAAUGGAUAAAAUUCCGAAGAAGCUAACGAGCACUGCAUUUUCACAGAAAAAAAUUCAGACCAAAAAGAGUGUCGAUGAAGAUCUAGAAGACACUAAGGAAGCCUCUUCCACUACAAAUAUGCAUUCCCUCAGUUACCUUACUAAUGUGGAAGAUUCUAAUGUGACCAUUGAGAACUUCAAACUAAUCAAAAAGGUGGGUAAAGGUACCUUUGGAGAGGUAUUCAAAGCUGUUCUGAAGGAAGAAGAAAAUAAAGAAGAUCAAAUCUUCGAAUACGCUAUUAAAGCAAUCAAACGGAGAAUGUUGCAGACAGCAGAUCAAAUGAAGUACGCACUUUCAGAGUGAGCUAUUAUGAAAAGGCUUGACCAUCCGUUUAUUGUGAAGAUGUAUCACUCUUUCCAAGGAUCAAAACAUUUGUUCUUAGCUAUGGAUUAUUGUUCUGGAGGGGACUUGAGUCAUCACCUAGAUAAUCAUAAUUACUUCCCUGAAGAAGUUGCAAGAUUCUUGAUCGCAGAGGUGAUCCUUGCAAUAGAAUAUAUUCACUCCCAAGAUAUUAUUUACAGAGAUUUAAAACCAAACAAUAUCUUGAUGGACUCUAAUGGGCAUAUCAAAAUUACUGACUUCGGACUAGCUAAGGAAGGAAUGAUAGGGAUGAACUCAACUGAUACGUUUUGAGGAUCACCAGCCUACCUUGCACCAGAGUUAUUAAAAGAGAAAAAGUUUAACAAAGCCAGUGAUAUCUACCAAAUUGGCGUUGUUCUUUAUGAACUCCUUACUGGAGGACCUCCUUUCUUCCAUGCUAAUAGAGAUCAACUCUUCGAUAAAAUAAAAACCUCUUAUGAGUUGAAGGUUCCUGAGCAUGUCACCCCAGCUGCUAUUGAUCUUUUGGGCAGAUUCCUUAACAAGAUCCCUUCUAAGAGGAUCGGAGUUACAGAUUUCUCAGAAAUCAAGAAGCAUCCCUUCUUUGACGGGCUAGACUGGGACGAGUUACUUAAGAAUGGAACCAAAGGUCCUAAAAGUGAGGGAUACGUCAAAACCCCAUUUCUAAAAUUCCUAGAUGAUGUCAAGACAGCUGAUGAUGAUCUUCUCAUCGAAGAUUUUGAAUAGAAAAUUCAAUGAUGUCCUAUCAUGCCAAUAAUUAUUUUAAUAUUCGAAUAAAAUUAAUAUC